AUGAAUCGUACUGCUUUGAGUGGAUGUCAGAAAAGAAAGAGAGCAGCAGCGGAAGUAGAAAAAAUCAGCAAAUUGCCUAAACUUACUUCAUGGCUGAUAUCAUCAGAGACAAAAUCGCAAAAUACUUCAACGACAGAAAAUUAUAGUUCAACAUUUACAAAUGCUCAACCAAUUUUAAGUGAAGAUUCAACCGAACCCGGCUUGGCACCUGUUGAUGAGGUCUACAAUGAAAUUUCAGAGGAAAAAGAAUUGAAUGAGAAAAAGCUUUCUGUCCAAUCCACAGAUCCUGGUCUCUGGAACGUGAAAGACUUAAGUCUGGUAGAUUACUGGAUUCGUGUUGGACCAUCAUCAUGCCAAAAUAGUAAUAGGGAGUUCAGUAAUUCAUGUAGAGUAUAUGAAACAGGACCAAAUAAUCAAACUGUUAAUCGGUAUCUAACUAAAAAUGUAUUUGAGCGAAAGCUGCGUAAUGGUGAAUGCAUUAAACGUGAGUGGCUACUGUAUUCACCAUCCCUAGGAAAACUAUUUUGCUUUGUUUGCCGUCUUUUAUCACACAAAGAAUCGCCAUUUUCUACAUUAGGAUUUAAUGACUGGAAACAUAGCCACAAAGUAAUAUUAGACCAUGAAAAUGGAAAAGACCACCAAGCAUGUUUGCGAGAAUACUUUAUAAAACAUAAAAAGUGUGGGAGCGUAGAUUCUAUGCUCAUUGACCAAUAUUGUUCAGAAAGAGAAAAGUGGCAAAAAAUACUUACGCGUGUUGUUGCUACAAUUCGAUUUCUUGCAUCUAGAGGUUUAUCAUUUCGCGGAGAUAAUCAAAAACUUGGUUCAAUAGGAAAUGGAAACUUCUUGGGUGAUUCCUUAGUGAUUUUGAUCCCUUUUUAA